CAAACACAGACUCCAUGUUUGUGCACCGGUAAAAGCACCACAGAAGAAGAACCAUCCCGGGAAGUGUUUGGACUAAGUUGUGGCGGUUCUCCCGGAGGUUCCAGCCCAGACAAAAGAUGCACAACUGGACCCAGAAAGAAAUCCGAGAACUGCUGGACAUCCGGGGCUCGGAGCAGAUCCGGAACCAGAUCACCCGGACCGUGAAGGACUCGGUGGUGUACAACCGGAUCGCUCAGCUGCUGUCGGAGCGGGGGGUGUACAGGUCCCACAUGCAGAUCAUCAGCAAACUGAAGGCGCUCCGGAAGCAGUACAAGCGGUUCCACCAGGAGAAGAGCGGCUCCGAACCGGUGGACUGGCCCUUCUACGACCAGUGCCACCGGGCGUUCGGCAGCGGACCGAAGGGGAACCAGGGCAAACGGAACCGGAACCGGAGCCCGUCCCCUCCGCCUCUUCCUCCCACCCCUCCUCCUCCUCCUCCAGUUCUGGACGAACCGGACCACAACGAGGUGGUGGUGGAGCUGUGGAACGAGGACGACGACCAGGACGUGAAGCCGAACCUGGGUCCGGUGGAGCCGGAGGAGGACGAGGACCAGUCCAGUUCCCCGGAUCAGAUCCAGUCCAUCAAGCCUGUGUGUGUUCCAGCUCACCCCAUACCAACGAAGAAGAGGAAGACGUCUGUGAUGGAGCAGGUGUCCACGCUGGUGUCGGCCACCGUGGCCCAGCUGAGGGAGAUGGACGCCGCCAUGCAGGCGCAGGAGGACGCCCGGCUGCAAAGGCUCAUGGACCACGAGAGGGAGAUGCAGAAGGAGCUGCUGAGUCAGCUGAGCGCCAUGCACGAGAGGAUGGGCCAGCAGAACCACCAGAGACACCUGGAGCUGGUGGACCGGGUCCUGAGCCGCUUCCCCCCGAGGCCGUGACUGACGGGGCGGGUUCGGGUUCGGGGAACGGACGACGAGUGCCUCCGACGGCGUGGAUUUACUGCGACUCCGGGUCCGAGGUCGUUUAUCGGCUUCUGCCUGGAAUAAAGUUCAAACUGAGGGACUAAAGCAGCGACCGGACCAGUACCAGCAGAACACAGCGACCUGGAAAUGAGCCCACCUGCAAGAUUUAGUCUGUACUUGAGGGUAAAAAACUGAAAUGACACGAUGAAAACAUGUGACCUUUUAACCCUUAUAGACCAGAACCUAAAGCAUCUGUUGUAUAUAUUGUAUUUUACACCAGUUAUUGACAGGGUUAGAGGAUCAACAGGGAUUCGACUGUUCCAUCAGAACCUGUUUGGGUCUUUAUGGGUUCAGGUCUGAAUCUGAAAUAGUUCCGUUUGAUGCGACAGGAGGUAAAACGCCAGCGGUUCUGUCAGAUCCACAUGUGGUUUGGGGCUGAAUCCAUGGUCAGUGGUAGUUUGUGUUUGCUCUUCAGUCCAGAUCAGCAGACUGAGGCCCUGGAGGUCCUGAAGGUCCUGGAGGCCCUGGACCGGUUCUGUGGCGCUGGAUCCUGAUCCUGGUCACUCAUACGGACAGUUCUGAUUCAGGUACUUGUGUCCACACCAGAGCACAGACGUCCGACACUCACAUUAUACUGGACCUUACCCACACAGAGGCCGUAUGAUGCCUUCAGGUGCUGUCGGGAACGUCAGCCUUUCCACUGGUGAAUUCAGAAGUACCGCCGUGUUGUGUUCAAGUGCUUUUGUUGUCAUAGCGAAAUGAAAAAUGGCUGAAACACGGUUUGUCUGAUACCUGAUACUUUGGUGUGGAAGCAGAAGUGCAGUAACUGAAGCUGAAACAGUGACUCAGAACUCGACUGAAGUCCAAACAAUCCAACACAUGCACAAAAUAAAAGGACUGUGAUCGACUAAAACUAAACCUUCUGCUAAAGUCACUUUUAUUUUCUGUUGAAUGUUAAUAAUGUGUUUAAUGAUGGACAUGAAUCAAAUGGUUUUACAUCCAAACGGACCUUUUUAAUAAACAGGUUUUUUUUAAUCUGAUGUCAUUCACUCUUCCAUUGGAUCCUUUUCAGCUUCUGGAAAUCAGAAUUUUUUUAAAUUAAAACCUGAAAAACUCAA